CGUCCUCAUUCGCUCUGAGUCACUCCCCUGUUUCCACUUCCACUUACACUUGGGCAGUGCUAGGGGACGCCUAUCGAGGCUUGGAUCCGCCCAAGAAUCGACGCCAGUUCUCACAGCCUCAGCCCUAAGCUAACCAGGAUCAACCACCACCAGCAUUGGAUUCUUCCAAGAUCAGUUCUUGUUCAGCCUCGCAUCGAUAUCAUCAGUGUCAGCACAAUAAGUUUGAUCAACGUCAAGGAUUCAUUGGAUGCCUCUUCCUUUUGACAUGCAGCGGGAACUAAUAUCGUACAGAUGAACCAACCUACCUGUCUGUGUAUGCUUGUCAUAUCGGGACGCACAGUUCAACUGGGCUUGCACAAUGAUGAACCAUUGGAAGAUGCCAGAAGAGCACUUUCAGAGUAUGUAGGACCAAGGGCGCGCGUACGUCAUCUCAUGUGGACUUGUCAAAAGCGCAUUGCAGCGUUACACAACCUGGUGCGAAUAGCUUCAGGCCCAAAUGACGUUUCCUUUGACUCUCUCCCGGUAUUGAAACGAGAAGUAUGGAGGAAACCAAAGUCCCAAGCCAAGGACAGAAAUCCAAAGUCCAAUUUCUGUGAUUCUCCAAGCUCGCGGCACAGUAACAUGGACAGGCAUUAGCGACAAUCCCAUUAUUCUAUUGGUUCGUGACAGCCAAAAUACCACACAAGGUACAAUAUAGAUUUCGCAAUCUUCCGGUACCGAGCGAGUGCUGCCUCUUCCGAUAAGAACUAAGGUAACUAACGCACGAAACGGCCCCCAAAAACUACCUAGGACGAUGUUGCCUUUUUGGCUGCCUCACCGAAAAGAUCUUCUGCUUCCUCAGAAGAGUUUGUUUCGCAGUUUUCGAAUUGUAAUCAUCUCAUGUAUCAGCAUCUCGAUCAAGAAUUAAUGUAUGCAUGCAUGCAUGAUGCAUCCGUUGAAGAAAAGAAAAAAAAAGGCUGAGCAAAGGCCUCAAACUUGACCCCAUCUCCAAGACCUAGACCAAAGCGGAAUGGCGCCAUCCAGCCCUGUAAGGCAGAACCUUUGACC